UCGAGCCUCGCUCUCGCAUGCGUCUACAGCUACGCUUACCGAUCAACAAACCCCUGACAGAUACCCUGCGCGCCUCCGCUAGAUAACCACAAUGUUCUGGCGCUUUGGAGGCUACGCCAACAUCUCCACCCUCGACUCGAUCCUGGACAAGCCCGAUGUCACUCUCGAGGAAUUGCUCGACGAGUCGGAUCUGAUACAGGAGCUCAAGCAGCAGAACUCCAAGCUGAUAGAGUAUCUGCGCGAUGACAAGAUCUUGGAGCGUCUGCUGCAGUACGUCAUUGCCUCGAAAGACGCGCCCUCGUCCGAGGGUGACAACGCCGGAGAUGCAGAGGACAAGGAUAAGGAAGGGAACCUAGGUGGUUUCUUCAAGAGGAGAUCGAGGUCAAGAUCUAUCAAGUCUGACUCCGGUGAAACGGAAGAGAACAAGGAGGAGAAGCAACGCUUGAAGUAUGCGUACGUCGCAUGCGAGAUCUUGUCGUCUGAAGUCUGGUCCAUCUCGGAGGCCCUCCUUGAAAACCAACCGGCUCUGCGCAAGUUCUGGGAGUACAUCAAGCAACCUGCUCCGCUGGAUCCCGUGCAAGCUGGUUACUUUACAAAGGUCAAUGAGUCAUUGCUGGAUCGGAAGACGGAGGAGAUGCUAGAGUUCUUCAAGUCUAUCGAGAAUGUUGUCCCGGAAAUGUUGCAGCAUGUUGACUGCCCGAUGGUGAUGGAUCUGUUGCUUAAGAUCAUCAGCUUGGAAAAGGCUGAGGGAGGACAGGGCAUAGUCGAUUGGCUCCAGCAGCAUGGACUGAUUCCCACUCUCCUAUCUUUCCUUUCCCCCGAAUAUAACGCUUCGACACAGACAUCCGCUGGCGAUUUUUUGAAAGCUAUUAUUACUAUCUCCGCCAACGCAACGACUCAAGACCAGUCGGUCAUUGGACCUAAUGAGCUGACUCGCGAAUUGGUUUCUGAGAAAUGCAUCAAGAGCCUUGUCACGGAAAUGCUUCGUGGUGGAAACCCACUCACUGUUGGUGUGGGCAUAAUAAUUGAGGUCAUCAGGAAGAACAACUCCGAUUAUGACCUUGAGAACCAGACGGGACCAGAACCAAGGAGUUCGGAUCCGAUCUACCUGGGAACUCUGCUUCGCCAGUUUGCGAACCACGUGCCUGACUUUAUGGCUUUGAUCAACAACCCCAACCACACUGUCACCAACAGCGACGGCACAACGACCACCAGGAAACGCGAGCUCAAGGCUGCCUUUGGUGUGUCCAUUGAGCCUUUGGGAUUCGACAGGUUUAAGACUUGCGAACUCAUGGCGGAACUGUUACACUGCAGUAACAUGGCUCUGCUUAAUGAAAGAGGUGCCGAGAGCGCGGUUAAGGCUAGAGACGCGGAAAGAGAACGCCUGAAGGCGGAGGGGAAGCUUACCUCGGCAAAGGAGAGCGAAGACCCGUCAGUCAUCGACAAUGACUUUGGCACCAGCGUCGACAGCCAUGGCUUCCACCACGCACGCGCACCUUCUAGCGAAUCGCCGGAAGAGGUCAAGCGGCUUGAGGUUCAAAACACCGUCGCCGAGGAGGAAUUUGAAGAAGUUGCAGCCUCGGAAGCGAAGCAGGAGGAUAAGGAGGUCGACAUUGGCGAGCCUCUGGAGAGGUCACCGAAACUUCCUCCUCGCACUGCGAAUGGCGGCGAGGUUGAGAAGACGGAAGAUGUUGAUGAGCCCAAGGCACCUGAGCAGAAGCCCGCAGGUGAAAGCGCAGACUCGCCGACAUCGGCCGGGUUGACAGACAAGGUCGGUUGCCUCGAGCUGGAAAAGGAUGACGCGACCAUGACCGACUCGCCUGGUGAGAAGGGCGCAGAGCCGGAGCAGAACCAGCAGCCUAUUUCUCUGUUGUCGCAGCAGCUCGCCCAGGGUUCGGAAAGCAGUGAACCCGCCGGUGGAAUUUCUCCUCGCCCUGAAGACAAGCCCGCUCCUCUUUUCUCGAAGAAGUCAGAAGGCGAGCAAACAGAGAAGAGCGAAGGAGAUUUUGAUGAAGAGGGUUCUCGGUCAGUGUUACUCGACCAAGGCGGCGACUUUUCCCACUCGCAAGGACCGCAGUACGAGGUUGAUAUCGACGGAUCCCCUGUUGUUGGUGACUUGCUGAAGACGAUGUUUGUCGAACACCGCGUCGUGCCUACGAUUCUCGAUUUCUUCUUCCGCUUCCCGUGGAACAACUUUUUGCACAACGUCGUGUAUGACGUUGUCCAGCAGGUCUUCAACGGCCAAAUGGAGCGUGGUUACAACCGGGCACUCGCCAUUGACCUUUUCGAGACUGGCCGGAUCACGGAGCGCAUCAUGGAGGGCCAGCGGGCCAGUGACACCUCCCAUGCGGAAACCAACAUGAGACUAGGCUACAUGGGCCACCUAACCCUCAUCGCAGAAGAAGUUGUCAAGUUCACGGAACGCCACCCGCCGGAGCUCCUGUCGCUCUCGGUGCUCGAAAAGGUCAUCGACCAGACCUGGACCGAGUACGUCGAGCAGACGCUCGCCGAGACGCGCGAGCGCGACAAUGCCAUUCUCGGCGGCGUCCGUCCGGACAUGGCCGUCGGUCCGCGCCAAGCCGUGCUCAACGCCGUCAAUGCCGGCGGGUUCAGCAGCGGCGGACUCGCCAGCGCGGGCAUCGGCGGCGGCAACGUCGGCCUCGACAGCAUGGAGCUCAGCAAUAACAGCGGCUACGGCGGCAUCAGCAGCGGCAGCCUGCUGAGCGGGUUCAACAACAGCAGCGACGAGGAGGAUGAAGAGAUGGACGAGGGCGAGGAGGGUAGCGGUGCUCGGAGCGGGCCGCUGAACGACUCUGACCAAGUGGGUGAACUCUCAUUUGAAGACGUCGAGAUGGAGUAUCGAUGAAGCAGUGUGCAGCGCGAACCAGAGUGUCAGUGCGUUCAUGUUGUUUUUUCUUUGCAUGGCGUCAUUCCCCUUUCGGUUCGUUGGACUGGCUUUCCUCUCACGUCGCAAGCAUGUAUAGCAACAAGGCACGCAGCCGGUAUACACUUCCCUGACCCAUGAGCGACGAGAACAAUGACGAUUGCCACCCGCCCCUUUUCUUCUCA